AUGUAUCUCAACCCCAUGUCUGAGGCUACCUGGUGCAAGUAUUUUCCAACAACCCUCAAAGGUGUUGCACAAUCGUGGAUCACUAAGGGGGUGAAAGAAGGCUCUAUAUCCGGUUGGAAAGACCUUUCUAACAAAUUCAAGAGCAAUUUUUCUACGACAAAUCGCCGUGAGAAGACAACUGCAGAACUGAUGAGUCUGCAGCAAGCCGAGGACGAAAGCCUCCGCGAUUAUCUAACUUGCUUCAGCAACGAGUCAUCCAGAAUUACAAGUAUGGAUCAGGGCCUUGCCGUAUUUGCACUGCGGAAUGGGGCUGGGAAAGCUAAAGGACAACUGUUCGAGGGCCCGACAUCGAGGAAAGGGAAGGCCAAGGCCUCAGAACCGUCUUCUGCUGCCGAGCCGAAGAAAGAAAAGAUCGCCCCCUAUACGGGAAGAUACGAUUCUUACAUUCCCCUUACUCUUCCUCGUGCUAAAAUCUACAGCACGACCAAAGAUAAGGGGAGAUUUAAGAAGCCCAGACCGCUGCCACCAUGGCAUCAGCAAAAAGGCAAAGACCGAUGGUGCGAGUUCCACAAAUCUCCUGGACAUCGCACCGAGGACUGCCUUCAGCUAAAGGACCAAAUCAAAGAUCUGAUUCAGAAGGGCUAUCUGAAGAAGUACCUCGCGGACCGUCGCGAAGAGAAAAAAGAUGAGAGAGACUCUCGCCAAGAUCUGGAUUUUCUCCGGAAAAAAGACAAGCAACAGGACAAGGACACCCUUGACAUUCUUUCCAUUCCGGAGGAACUUCCCGGAGCGCAGUGA